CACAUGGCUCGCGGGACAACAUGGCUGCGCCCUCAGUAGGGCUGGCUGGUGGGUGCUGCGCCCGGCUCGGACUUGUCCUUUUGCUGCCGCUGCUCUUGCUCCCCGGCGAGGCGGCUGGGGGCGAAGAGGCCAGUACGGGCGUGGGUGCGGGCGCGGCCUCCCUCGCGGGCUCCUGUGGCUGUGGCACUCCCCAACGGCGCGGGGACCAUGGCAGCUCGGCGGCCGCGCACCGAUACUCGCGGGAAGGGAACGCCCCAGGCCAGGUCCCGGGAGAGCGGCCGCUCGCGCCCACCAAGAUGGUCCUCAUCCCCGCUGGAGUGUUUACCAUGGGCACAGAUGAUCCUAAGAUAAAGCAAGAUGGGGAAGCACCUGCCAGGAAAGUUGCCAUUGAUGCCUUUUACAUGGAUGCCUAUGAAGUUAGUAAUGCCGAAUUUGAGAAGUUUGUGAACUCAACUGGCUAUUUGACAGAGGCCGAGAAGUUUGGUGACUCUUUUGUCUUUGAAGGCAUGUUGAGUGAGCAAGUGAAGACUGAUAUCCAGCAGGCAGUUGCAGCUGCUCCCUGGUGGUUACCUGUUAAAGGCGCUAACUGGAGACACCCAGAAGGGCCCGACUCCACUGUUCUCCACAGGCCUGAUCAUCCGGUCCUCCACGUCUCCUGGAAUGACGCCAUUGCCUACUGCACGUGGGCGGGAAAGCGUCUGCCCACGGAAGCUGAGUGGGAAUACAGCUGUCGUGGGGGCCUGCAAAACAGACUUUUCCCCUGGGGCAACAAACUACAGCCGAAAGGCCAGCAUUAUGCCAACAUUUGGCAGGGCGAGUUUCCUGUGACCAACACCGGGGAGGACGGCUUCCGAGGAACUGCCCCUGUUGAUGCCUUUCCUCCCAAUGGUUAUGGCUUAUACAAUAUAGUAGGGAACGUGUGGGAAUGGACUUCAGACUGGUGGACCGUUCACCAUUCUGUUGAAAAAACGCUUAAUCCAAAAGGUCCCCCUUCUGGAAAAGACCGGGUGAAGAAAGGUGGAUCCUACAUGUGCCAUAAGUCCUACUGCUAUAGGUAUCGCUGUGCUGCUCGAAGCCAGAACACGCCGGACAGCUCUGCUUCCAAUCUGGGAUUCCGCUGUGCCGCUGACCAUCAGCCCACCAUGGGCUAAGAGCCGAGAUGAGCCUUCCCAAGUCCAAGAGGUCGCAUCUAACCUGCCCUCGGCUUGCCUCAGAAUGUUGAACGACCUCGAGUGAAGAAUUCCCCCUCUGAGGUGGGUUGCCUACCUGCCCAGUGGCCAAAGGAACCAUCUUGCAAGACCACAUCGCUGACCUGUGUCAGCAUGCGUGCUUUAUUGGGUGGCACGUCCUGGAGAUCAGCGCUGUGCUUGACUUUGGAGAGUCUUUGAAAGAGGGAGGGGUGGAUGGAACCCUGAGCGAAGCUUCAGAAGGCUUGUGUUCUUCCCAGGCUCUGCCACCAAGGCUAGACCUCAGGGUCCCACACCUGACCUUCCAGGGCCUCAGGGACCUCAUCUGGACGCACAGCGUGAUCUCUGAGGCCUUCUCCAACUCACAAAUUCUAUACGUGUAUCAGGUUCUAUUGUGAUUUCAUAGUAAGAGUUUAUGACAGAUUAUUUUUUAGCUAUUUUUUUCCAUGUGUGAACCCAAUCUGGGAUUCUAAUCAUGUAAAUUAAGAGGUGAUACUAAUCAUGUAAAUUAAGAGGUCUCCUAUGUAUUAUUUUGAGAAAAGGAUGGGGUGGUGGAAAAGGUGGCGGUGAUCAGUCUUUAUAUUCAUACUGCACUUUGUGUUUUCAAGGAAAUCAGUGUCUUUUACAUUGUUAUGAUGAAUCCCACGUUGGCCCCUGGUGGUGUGCUUGAGUUCGGCACCGAAACGCAGGAAUGUCUGUGGGGUGACUCUACUGUGCUUUAUCUUUUAACAUUAAGUGCCUUUGGUCCGGGGGGGUGGUUAUAAGCCCUAUUUCCCCCCUCUCCCCAAAGCCUUUGGUGAAUGUGAAAUGUGUAUUACACGAAGAAACCUGUUUAAUUCUAGAUGGAGAAGAGGAACAGGAACCUUUGAAUUGAUUCUAUUCAGGGUGUCCGGUAUUUUAUAAUAGGGAAGUUGGAAAUCUUGUUGGUUGUGGGAUAUCAGACACUCUGAAUCAGGCACUAUGUCGAAUAAACUGGUAUCUGCUACA